AGAGGGCUUACGAUAUUUUAUUUAGUCGAACGAUUGUUUCUGCAUAAUUUCAACGCUGUAAGUAAAUUAUGUAUUUUACUUAAAUAUAGUCUGGUUAAUUCCAGCUAGUGCAUAGUUGUGCGGUGAAAUAAAGUUAUAUGACCGUUCAAGAUACGAUACAGUUAACGUGUGUACAUAGACCAUUGACGAUAAAGAAAAAACUGUGAGAGCAUAGUAGCUAACAUUUUUUUAAACAGAAUGUGUAAAAGUUAUUUUAAACCAUUAUAUGAGUGGGUGUAUAUAACGACGAAGAAGAACGAAGGGAUAAUGAAACGCUUGAAGUAUCCUAUGGAUGGCAGAGGACGUAUUUGCUAACCCUAAUUACAAGAAGGGUUAUAAAUAUGGAUAACUGCGGUUCCGGAGUGGUACAAGUAUUCGUGGGCGAAUGGAGCCCCGAAUACGAAGCGCUAUCCAUCAAAGCUACGAAACAGACCUCCUCGGCGGAAAUAGUCGAAUGUAUUAUCGAGAGAUUGGGUUUGGUGGAUGUCUCCAACGUUUCCAAUGGUUACGAGUUAGCAGAAGUGGUAGGAAAUUCUGUUGGGCAGGAGUGUAAAGAAAGAAGACUUGGUCCUUCCGAAUGCCCCGUAGCGCUUAUGUUACUCUGGCCGAAGAGUGCUGCCCAGCAAGAGUAUUACAGGUUUUACUUGAGGAAAAAGCAAACGGAUUAUUUAUGGUGCGACAGUAGAUUUCCUAUGGAUCCGCAACUAUUAAAGGAUUACUUCAAUAGAUUCCUGUAUCAACCACGAGACAAAGAAUAUCCAGAUUUAUGCCAGCUUCCUGACCUUAACGAGCAGACGCUUUUGGACAAUCUUCGUGCUAGAUUUUUAGCUGGAAAUAUAUACACCUAUGUUGGCAGCAUAUUGAUUGCUUUAAAUCCGUUUAAAUUUUAUCCCAUCUACAAUCCAAAGUACGUGAAACUUUAUCAAAACAGACGAUUGGGGCCGGACAUACCUCCGCAUAUAUUUGCGAUAGCUGACGCGGCGUAUCAUUGCAUGUUAAAAGAAAAAAGGAAUCAGUGUAUUGUGAUCAGUGGUGAAAGUGGUUCGGGUAAAACGGAAUCAACAAACUUUUUAUUACAUCAUCUAACUGCCUUAAGUCAAAAGGGUUCCCAUGGUAGUGGCGUUGAACAGACGAUACUCAGCGCUGGUCCUGUACUUGAGGCGUUUGGCAAUGCAAAGACCGCACAUAACAAUAAUAGCAGCCGUUUCGGGAAAUUCAUACAGGUGAACUAUAAAGAAAAUGGAAUGGUACAUGGGGCAGUAGUCCAGAAGUAUCUGUUGGAAAAGUCAAGGAUAGUUUCUCAAGGAAGAAACGAAAGGAACUACCACGUUUUUUAUUAUUUAUUAGCUGGGGCAAACGAACAGGAAAGACAACUUCUACAUUUAGAAAGUUGCGAACGUUAUAAUUAUUUAAACAAAAGUGGCUGUUACGGUCUUGAGAAUAUCGACGAAAGACAUGAAUUUUCGCGGCUGAAGCAGUCUAUGGAGAUGGUGGGAUUCACGCCGGAGAAGCAAAAACGACUUUUUGCAGUUUUAUCGGCCGUUCUUCUACUCGGUAAUGUCGAAUUUCAACCAAGAAAAUCCUAUCAUCAUCACGACGAGGCAGUAGGGGUUAAGAAUCCUGAAGUCGUCGCAUUAAUAUCCGAGUUGCUCAGGGUGAAACAAGAAACUCUUUUGGCAGCAUUAACUGCGAAACGCGCACGAGCUUCUGGCGAAACGUUGGUCAUUAAUUAUAGACUUCCAGAAGCGAUAGCGGCGAGAGACGCAAUGGCCAAGUGUUUAUACGGAGCUUUGUUCGAUUGGAUCGUGCUUCAGGUCAAUCACGCUUUACUCUCUAAGAAGGAUACUCUGAGGGAUCAUCAAGGAAAUAGUAUAGGGGUACUGGAUAUCUUCGGUUUCGAAGAUUUCAAGACGUGCAAUAGCUUCGAACAGUUGUGCAUCAAUUAUGCAAACGAACAAUUGCAGCAUUACUUCAAUCAACACGUUUUUCAAUACGAACAAAGAGAGUAUAGGAAGCAGGGGAUCAGAUGGACAGAUAUAGGAUACAGCGACAAUUCUGGCUGUUUGAAUCUCAUUGAGGGGAAACCAAACGGACUCCUUUGCCUUUUAGAUGAUCAAUGCAACUUCCCAGGUGCAACGAAUGAGACACUGUUGCAAAAAUUUAAUACGGUGCACAAAGAAAAUCCUUUCUACGAAGCGCCGCAAAGACGCGAGGCGGCCUUCGUCGUACGCCAUUACGCAGGGGCUGUCAAAUACCAAGCCGCUAAUAUGAGAGAGAAGAACUUGGACUUGAUGAGACCAGAUGGAGUAGUUGGUGUACUCAAAAACUCAUCCCUGGCUUUUGUACGAGAACUCGUUGGUGCCGAUCCAGUCGCUGUAUUUAGAUGGGCUAUUCUCAGAGCUUUUUUUCGAGCUCAUUUCGCUUUUCAGGAAGCAGGACGUGCGCAUAGACACGGUAGAGCCGACGGUAGUAAAACAUCUGCACAAAACAGGUAUAGGACGCCGAACGAGAAUUUGAUAAGUUCUCACAAACAUACUCGUCCACCCAGCUAUCAGAAGCAACGAAAUGUCUGUUUACCAUCGACCACUCCCACCGCCACAUUAUCCUGCGUACAAAUUGAAAACGACAGUGUAAACAACAAUCGAUUAUCGUGGCCGCAGUUUAGAAACAUUAAUCAGACUCAACACCCGUCGAAUGUAACAACAACGAAGAAUUACAUAAUAAGGGGCAGGGAAGACCAGCCUCAUAGUAAUAAUAAUAAAUUCAGACGGGAUACUCAUACACCGCUAGAGAGGGUGCUUCCGAAAGACGAAGCUAACGUUAUGGAACGCGCUAAUCAAAUCGUCAUGAAGAACAAAUCGUUUCGUCCAAGGGAACGUGGUAAGAAGGGUCUGAAGAAUCUUCAGACUGUGAAAACUCUCGCCGGAAGAACGCAAAGUUACGGGACUGGUCCGGGAAAAGCAAGGAAGCAACCCAUGACCGUGUCGGCACAAUUUCAACAAAGUUUACACAGCCUUAUGGAUACCUUGAAUCAAGCAAAUCCUUUUUUCAUUAGAUGCAUAAAAAGCAACGCCAAUAAAGUAUCGAACGAAUUCGACGAAGAAACCGUACAGCGGCAGCUAAGAUACACCGGGAUGUUAGAGACCGUACGAAUCAGACAAGCGGGCUUUAACGUCCGAUUAACGUACGACGAAUUUAUUCAGUUGUAUCGAAUGUUAUUACCUAAAGGGCUUUUGAGUUCGCAAUCGGAUGUACGUGAUUUUUUGUUAACGUUGAAUCUGAAUAGAGACAAUUAUCAGCUUGGAACAACAAAGGUAUUUCUUCGAGAAUCCGAGAAGAUAAAGCUGGAUAUAGAGUUGCAUCAACAAAUCAUUACGAGUAUCACGACGAUACAAAAUUGGUUUCGUGCUUGCUUGGAAAGGAGAAGGUUCUUAAGGUUAAAGAACGCGGUGGUGCAAAUUCAAUCGUUUUGGAGAAUGGUAUGUGCCCUACGAUUUGCACAGGCUCUACGUGCGAGAAAGGAAGCUGCUACUCAUAUUCAAACCGUAUGGAGAGGUUACAAACAACGUACAUGGUUUAAAAAAUUAAGAUCCUGCAUAACGAUCUUUCAGGCUUACAUUAGAGGUAACAACUCUAGGAAAGCUUUCAUGGAACUUAAAAGGCGGAGGAAGAGUAUGAGAAAGAUCGAGGAACCGCAGGAAAAUCGGGAUUCCGAGGAGCAUACGCUUCAAAAAAUCACCUACUCGGCUGCCCAUGCGGACGCGGAGGAAUCAUUGUCCAUUUGCGAGGAACGUUCCUUGCCGGAGUACACCGUAUCGCCUCGAAAGUUGGAAGCGCAAAAGCGCCUAACGCCGGUCAAGCAAGAAAACUUACGUAGAGAUGCGACCGGCGACACGAGCGUGCCCUACUCCAAGCGGAAAAUUACGAAUAAAAGGGUGUUGCACGAGUCGAGCGUCGCACCGAAAAAUACCGAAACGUUUUAUUCCGAAGAAAUUGGCGAGCGCAAGAGCAGCAUCGAGAGUCUCACUAGCUUAAAAAGUUAUGAAUCUCAAGGUAGCGUUAAUAGUUCCGAAUCGCAAGAGAAUUCGAGCUGCAAGCCGGUCCCAAGUACGAGAACGAAACGCGGCGAUCACUCGGCCGUAGCCGUCGCGAACACGAAUUUAGCGACCUCCAACAGACUGUCUUCGAUAAGUAAAAGAACCGAUAGCUCGUCGACGGGUUGUAGCGAUGGCGAAACGGACGGCGAUAUGCCGAACGCCGUGCAAAGUGCUCCGCCCAUUUUCAACGUCGCUCCGUCGUUCACGAAUCCUAGAGAAACGAAAUAUCAUCCGAACGCGAAUUUGAACCGCAGUCCGAAUUCGGAUAUUUGGCGAAGGCGCACCGAGUAUUCGUCCAUCAAUUACAACGACUACAUAAUGUCGGUGCCUCAGAAAGCGACCGUGACCCGAUCCCCGAACGUUUCUCAAUAUAAGAGCAUCGCCGAUAACGUUUUGGAGCACUCUCGGUUGGAACAACCGAACGAAGCUGCAAAUUACAACGUCAAAUUGGAUGCCAGCGAACGUUUCAUACGGAUGGAAAAUUCUCGCGAGUCGCGACUGUCCGGGGAUCGCUUGGAAAAUCUACCGAUCUCGCCGUCACGACGGGAACAAAACUACGGAUUGUGCAAAGACGUCAAAGAGAUCAAUUAUUUGAGAAGGCAAAAUUCCGAAGGCGACAGCACCGCCAAGGCGGAGCCAGCGAACGACGAGAACGCCGCGAAGAACGUACUCGCGAGAAGAACGGAUCUCAAAGAUAAAAAUUCCAGGCCGAAGGACAAAUUCGAGCCGGACGUGCCGGUGAGGAGUGCCAGACGAAAUCGACCGUCGAGGGAGGUCCAAUGCAGAUCCAUGGGCGAGAGCGCCUCGGACACCAGCGCCGGAGAGACGAGGAGUCUCUUCCUCGGUACCAUUAAGGAGACCGACAUGAAGCGCAUGGAAAAUAUCAACGUAUGGACGAGAAAGGACAAUCCGAGCGAGGCCACCUCUAGAUCGGUCACCGAUUGGCCAGUGAAUAAGAACGAAACGGUUUACAAGGGCCAGCAGCCGGGGAAGCGAAUGAGAUCGAACGCCAUAACGACUUUGGAACUUCGAAGAAGAAAUUCCGAUCCAGCUACGAAGAUAUCCGCGUUGAACGACGACAAGCCCGGCGCGGACACCAGCCCGAACGAACUGAAACUCGCCCCUGGUAUGAAUCUGCUGGAGUGGAAGGGCAACAAUCUCUUCACCUUGGCCGGUCAUCGUUUCAGAAAAGUAGCGCGUUUCGCGAAAGACGACGUAUGCGUUUGUUGUCACGAGAAAAUGGACGCCUUCGUUACCCAAGGAUACAAGUGCGUCGAUUGCAAACAAUUGUAUCACGUAAAGUGCAUUCAGAAUGGAGGAGUACUCAAAAUGCCAUGUCUCUUGGCGAACACGCCAAACAGACGGAAAAACAGAAAGCCACCGCGUACGCCGUACGACGCUAGCAAACAAGCGGUGGCUUCGAAAUUCAGUCUCACCGGUACCUCGGCUUUCUCCGAUAGUACGGAUAAGAUCAUAUCCGAUGCCAAAGAAUUGGCGCUCAUGCAGGACUUUAUUACUAAAAAGAUAUACAUAAUGGAGGCUCAAGAGGAAGGUAGAAAGCCCAGCGAGGUGGAUCGCGUUUUUAAGCAGGCGUUGCGUAAAUUCAAAGACGAGCUGGUGAUUACUUACAGCGUUGCGAUUCAACAGGGCGUGGAAGGAAACAUCAAGUACACCGAUCUGAUAGCGAAUUUUCUUCACGUUAUGGAGACCGUCUGUAAGCAAGAAAAUACCAGCGAGGAUUUUCCCGUGACAAUGGGCGUUAAUGCCUUCAGAGGAUUUAUGAACGAAUUCAUGACAUUGGUUAAGACCGAAGCGCCGGAGAAGCAAAGCAAGAGCAAGCGGAAAAAGGAAAAGAAACGGAAACAAGAGGAGCCUAUACGACAUGGUAAUCACAUGUUCCAAUUAACCAUCAUCAAUAUUCCCACCGCUUGCGAAGUUUGUACUUCGUUCUUCAUGUGGCCGAUCGAACGAGGACUCGUUUGCCAAAAUUGCAAGCUGACCUGUCACAAGAAGUGUUACACAAAGGCAACGCCCGAGUGCGGAAAGGAAGCGUCCAUGCUCGAAGCGAAUUCGCGUAGAGUUUUCGGUGUUCCGUUGUACAAAUUGGACUGCGGCGACGGCAAAGUGCCCCUGGUAGUCGAUCGAUUGAUCACGACCAUAGAGAUGCACGGAUUGUACACGGAGGGUAUAUACAGAAAGAGCGGAGUGAGUUCGAAAGUACGAGAGCUCAAGGUUAAAAUGGACGAGGGUGAUUUGGAGAAGGUGGACUUUGAGAACUAUCAGGUACACGUUCUAGCAGCCGUUUUGAAGAGCUUCUUCCGAGACAUGCCGGAGCCUCUGUUGACUUUCGAAUAUUACGACGAUUUCCUUCACGCCGCGAACUUGACCGACCCUCACGAUAGAAUCAGCACGCUCUUUGCGAUUCUGAAGAAAUUGCCGAAGCCGAAUUUCGAUCUGAUGGAACGACUGAUCGUGCAUCUAGCGAGAGUGGCGUUGCACGAAGUCGACAAUCGAAUGUCAUCGUCCGCCUUGGCGAUCGUUUUCGCCCCGUGUAUAUUGAGAACGAAUCGAACCCUGCCGGCGCAAGACUCGCUUCAAGACGUGGGCAGACAGACCCGCUGCGUGGAAACGAUCGUGCACGAGAAAUUGCGAGUCGUAAGAGCGACUUUGGCCGACAUAAAUACCUUGGAAUCCGCUUGCCACACGGCGACCCAUCGACUCUCGAGCUUAAGGUCCUCCAAGAUAUUUAGUCCGGAAGAACUGAACGUAGCGACGUCGAAUAUAACGGCACGAAGCGGGGGUGCCGACAGGGAGAGAGAUCGAGGGGACGAAGAGGAAGCGUUGCUCGUCGAUCACAUACAGGAGAUCCAAAAGGAGAAGGCUUUAUUGACGUCCACGUUACCGAGCUUAACCCGCGCUUCUUCGGACGACGAUCUCCUUCUCUCUGCUACGGAUUUGGACGACGGAUCUCUCGACGAUUUGCUUCCACCUUCCGCCGACGGUCUGGUACGAAAGAAACCCAUACAGAGGCAAAGCUCGGCGGACAACUCUUUUCCCACUAUCAUAAGCGUCGACGAGGACAUGGUGAUGGUAUGACCACAGUCGUCCACAGGCAACAUGUUGUCCGUGAAACUCGGACGAUAAAAAAGUGUAGCAGCAUGACAAGCUUCGCAUGGUUCCGUCUAGCGACGGUCUCUCGACGGCCGCCAAUUCUGGUCUCAUCCGAAAGACGCCGAGUUAUUUUAUUCGCUAGUUAAGACGACUUUUACGUAGGUCUAGUAAUUUGUUAACCCUUUAGGAUCUCAAGCCGCUGAUUUUUGGGUCGUCGCUUACUUCCAUCGUUCCGUGGUUAGAAACGUUUCGUCAAAUUUUAUUUAGGAAAACGUAGCUCGCCCCGGCGUGGCGAUUUACAUAUCGCGACGUCGACCUAAUAUCGCUGUAAAAACUAUUCUUUUCCUGGGAUACAUUCCUUUUACCGAAGACUGUCAACGCUAAAUCAGCGUCUCUUUCGAGAGCGUUUCAUCUUCGACCACCGCAAAUAGUUCUUUUUUCUUCAUUUUUAUUUCAUACGUCGAUCUAACGAACGCAUCGUUCCUUGGAAAUCAUUCGUACUCUUUAUCUCUCGCAGGCAUUCGAAAACUUUUCAAUUCUAUACCUUGGUAAGGAGUUCUGCUCGAUAAGAAUUAAAUGAGACUCUCUGUCCUGAUUAUCGUCACAAUCAUGAAUCUGUUACACUUUCUUUGACAAUCGGAGAAAUUCAAAGAGAAUCGGCGAUGCGACUAAAAGUCGAUCGAUAACAGCGCGACGACAUUAGCCUAGGCUCCAUGAUCGAAUGGCAAACAGGAGAAUUGCUCGUUUCUUUCCUCGAAAAAGAGUUCUCGUUGCUUCGGCGAUAUCUUCUGCUCGGCUGAGAACAGCGAAUUAUCAAAUUGCUAGAUCUAAGCGGAAAGACUUUAUAGCAGAGAAGAUACGAAAGAACAUGGAAAACCAAAAUAUAACUUGUACAUAUUAUAUCAUACGACUAUCUCAUAUUAGUCUGUUAUUAUUGUUAAAGUUACGAGAGACGUUACCAAGGUUAUAUUUCUACUGUCGAUAUUCAUCGUAGGUGGUAAAACGUCGAUAUAUAAAUAAUAUAUCGGGCUUGCCGAUUUUUUUAUUCGUUGCGAUUGGUUUUUCUUUUUUUUUUUUUUUUUAUAAUUUCCGUGCGACGAUUUCAUACAACAGACGCAUCCGACAUAGACGUAUAUAUCUGUACCGCGCAUCUCGAAUUACCUUACGUAUGAGUACUUAUGUAUAUACACACACACGUAUAUAUUUAUAUAUAUAUAUAUAAAUUUAUAUAUAUAUAUAAAUUAGAAAAAUUUCGUGCGGGCAGAAUUAAGUAGGCUUUUUUUUACUCGAGAUUUAUAGCAUGUCAUUUUAGUUUCGUUUUUAUCGCCUAGUUUGUUCGUUGGCCCAUGCGCGCUUUUUAUUCAUUUUCUCGCCUCAUUUUGCUCGUAUUCCGUUUUAAUCGCAUUCGGAGUCAAAGUUCUAUUCCUUUUACGCUCUCGUACGUUCCUCGUACCAGUUUGUCGAAGUUUCUUGCUAAUUAGAAAGAUCGAGGAAACGAGUAAAAAGACGUAUCAUAACGUUGAUAUAAAGAUUUCCUAUUUUUAUCAUCGAAUAUAUAGAUAAAACAAGCGAUGAUCUCAAUUCCAUUUUAGCACACGCUAAAUCUCUUUGUCGAAGAUGAAUUAAAUCUGUUUUCGAAUUAAAUCUAUUUCUCUCUGCAUUUAAUAGAAAUAUGUAUUCCUAUUUUAGAUCUCUGAAUUAUCGAAUAUGCAAAACGUAAAACGAAACGUUUGCACGUUCCUCGAUCUUUUUUUUGUGUCUUCCAACGUCUAUGGUCGUACCACCAUAAGGACGUACUUUUUAUGUUUCGAUUAGUGACAAAGGUCAAAUCAAACAGGAAAUGACAUUUAUUUCGCGUAAUUCGGUCGGCUCGAUCAGUAACUAAAACGUACGCGGCUUUUAUCCCAGUAACGUAGAA